AUGGACCCUUGUGACCUUAAUAAAAGUCAUGGUCAUUUCUUUUCGCACACUUUGUUGGGCUGCAGCAAAGGAACAUACCAGCCAAAUUCUAAAACAUUUAGUCAGUUGAUUAUUCAGAAGAAGUUGUUUAAAGGAAAAAAGUUGACGCCAGGUUCUUCAGUCUUCAGAAACGAUCACAUUUAUCAAAACGAAGAAGAAAAGUAUCGACAGGCCAGGCAAGACAAUAUAACAAAGAUUCCGAGCUCCCCAUCCAGAGAUAAAAACGGAAGCACAACAAUAAUAACUUUGCCUCCAAAUGUUGUAUUCAGUUACUCAGCGAAGAAAGCAACUCCAUUAUUUGAAGAGCAGCAACCGUGUAGUAACGAUGAAUAUGCAGUAACACUCAGCUUUACUGAGACUUCAAAAGGAGGUUACGGAGAAUUUGAAUACAUCAAACAUCCUCCUGAUUAUGAAAUUCUGAGCGAUGCCGAAACAAAUAGUGGAAGGUCAUGCCAAGUUCCUGUUCAUAAAAGCCGUCAAACCGGUUACAAGUAUUUAAAUGUUGUCAAAUUUAUUGGAACAAGACAGCAAUAUACCAACAAAGGUGAUAUUGAUGAAUUUGACCAUCAUCUGAGAAUGUCAAAACAGCACGUGCUGUGCAGCAGAGAACGAUCGGCUCGUUUGGUUCCAGAAACGUCAUCUAAAAACGAAAUGUUGCCCAAAAGAACGCUUGGAAUUACAAACAAUGACGUAUUGAGUCAAUUAAUCAGAAGAACUUUGCAAGAUUUAGAGGAUCAAGGUGUUUUUCCUACACCAAAGUAUCCAAUGAAUCAAAUGAAGCAUACUUUUUCGACCUUACCGCUACGUCCAAUCCCGAUAUACCCCCUACAGGGUAAUAUUGCUAGCAAUCAGGACAUCCCGUCAUUGUCGGUGAUAAACACGUACCGAGAUUGGCCGAACGAUUCGAUUGUAUCACCUAGUACACUCGCUAGGGCAGGAUUUCAGUGCAGUAAUAGUAACAGCAAUACAGUUUGCUGUCUGUCGUGUGGAUUGCAUGCAGAUAUCAACGAUUUCACCAAUAGCGACCCGUUGACGUUCCAUUCACGACGUUCACCGCUUUGUACCUUUUUGCGAAGAGAAAAUGUUUCAGAUGAGACAGCAGGAAGUGGAAACGGACUUCUUGAAAGCAAUAACGAAGCGAGGGAUGUAAGUACAAUAAGUCCUAACAUACCAACUGAGGAUAGCCAAGGCGCCAUAGCAGAUGUAACCAACACAUCAGAAUAUGCACCACGAAAUCCAGACCAAUGCUUGGAAGUAUCCAGAAGAGAAUCAUUCAGGAAUUGGCCAGGAAGAUCACAAGACAUAGACAUUUUGGCAUCAGCUGGAUUCUUCUUCACCGGCGAAGAAGAUAUAGUAAGGUGUUUCCAUUGUGACAUCGGAUUGGCGGAAUGGGACUCUGAUGAUGACCCCUGGGUGGAACAUGCACGUCAUAGUCCAGAUUGCCCUUUCCUGAGAGAAAAGAAAGACGGAGAUUUCAUCAUGAAUAUCCAGCGACGUUGGGCACAGAUAUACACCCCUAAGCAUCCCCAUAUGUGUCAAAUGAACAUGCGACUCGAAUCAUAUGGCCCUUCAUGGCCCCAGGAUUACGUUACUCAGACACCACAACAGUUGGCAGAGGCUGGAUUGUUUUACACAGGUGUGACGGACACUGUCCGGUGCCAUUACUGUGACGGUGGUCUCCGGGAGUGGGAACCAAACGAUGACCCAUGGACGGAACACGCGAGAUGGUUUCCCUUCUGUAAAUUUGUCAUCAAAGUCAAAGGUCCAUCAUUUAUACAGUCAGCAGCCCGACAUGAGGAUACUGACGAGGCAGGGGAAACUUUAACUGCAAUUUCCCAACCACCUGUAAUAGCUGAACCCACAUUUGAAGAAAAGUAUCGGAUAAGAGAUUUGGAAAAUCCAAUGAUGUCGGCUGCAGUGGAGAGCGUUAAGAUAUUUGGCUACAAAAGGAGAAUGAUAAAGAAAGCAAUCAAUGCCCGCAUAGAAGAAUCAGGUACACGUGACUUGAAUGCAGCGGAAUUGAUGGAUUGUUUGUUUGAGCUGGAAGAGAAAGAGUCAUCGCUCGAGACGGAUGAAUAUGAUUCCUACUCAAGUUCUGACGAAUUCAAGUUGUCACCAAAGGCAAUGGCUUCCGAGAACAAUUACCUGAAAACACGAAAUCUAUGUGUCGAGUGCAGACAAAGUGAAAGAUGUAUUCUUUUUGUAUCAUGCGGUCAUAGAGUCACAUGUGAGCCAUGUGGGAUGCAGCGUACUUCAUGUCCAAUUUGUUCAGUGGAAGUUACGAAACGUCUGAAAACAUUUUUAGGAUAG